CCGAGGCGGAAGUCGGUCAGGCUGCCUCUGCCCAAGGUGACGUGCUCUUCAUCUCCAUUUGGACAUGGCAGCUCCAGAGUUUACCGUCAGUGCCCUUGUGUCUGUGUUGCUCAUUUGCUCUGUGGCUAGUUACCCCAAUGGAAAAGUAGCAAUGUCGUGCGGUGGGAUGGCCCCCCAACAUGGCCACAGCCCACAGCCAGAGCCUGUUCACCAAAUCACAUUGAGCCAGACGAAGUUCAAACCUGGAGACCAGAUCCAAGUUACUUUAUCAGGGCCAAAAUUUAAAGGCUUUCUCUUGGAAGCUCGUGAUGCCGAGGAUCUGAGUGGCCCUCCUGUUGGCUCCUUCACACUGAUUGACAGUGAAGUGUCACAGCUUUUGACUUGUGAAGAUGUCCAGGGUGUAGCUGUGAGUCAUACGUCUUCAUCCAAGAAGACCGAAAUCAAUGUCUACUGGAACGCUCCACGCAGUGCCCCAAACCACGUACGAUUUCUGGCCACGGUUGUUGAGAAAUAUAAAAUCUACUGGGUGAAGAUUCCCAGUCAUGUCCUUUCGCAACCAAAUGCUCCUCCCUUUACGACGCCGGCAGCGACAGCACAACCUUUGACAGCGUCACCUUCUGUCUCCCGCUUAACCAAGUCGUUCAGUGCUUCCGAGUGUGGGAGCAAGAAGUUCUGCGUUCGGAGUCCUUUGAACUGUGACCCAGAGACCGAGCCUGCCUGCCUCUUCUUGUCCUUCACCAGAGAUGACCAGUCGGUGAUGGUCGAAAUGAGUGGUCCCAGUGAAGGCUACCUGUCGUUUGCAUUGUCCCGUGACCAGUGGAUGGGUGACGACGAUGCCUACUUGUGUAUCCGCGAAGAUCAGACAGUGUAUAUACAGCCUUCCUAUUUGACAGGGCGAAGUUAUCCUGUGAUGGAAUCCAGGGGGACCCUCAAGGAUAUGGCCUGGAGGCUAGUGGAUGGCAUUAUACAGUGUUCAUUCAGAAGAAACAUCACCCUUCCUGGGGUUAAGAACAGAUUUGUGUUAAACGAAAGCUACUACAUCUUCCUAGCAGAAGGAGCCGCUCACGACGGCCGAAUUUUUAGGCACCCCCAGCAACCUUUGAUAACGUAUGAAAAAUGCGAUGUGACUGGCACUCCAAAGAAUGUAGGAGGAUCCCACUCUUCACCCCUUUUAAAGGCGCAUGGUGCCUUAAUGUCUGUGGCAUGGAUGACCACAGUUAGCAUAGGAGUACUGGUUGCCCGGUUCUUCAGAUCUGUGUGGUCCAAAGCCUUCUUCUUUGGUGAAGCAGCUUGGUUUCAGGUGCACCGGAUGCUCAUGCUCGCCACAUCUGUGCUCACCUGCGUUGCUUUUGUUCUGCCUUUUGUGUACAGAGGAGGCUGGAGUCGGCGUGCAGGGUACCACCCAUACCUCGGCUGUACAGUGAUGACUUUGGCUGUCCUUCAGCCUCUGCUAGCAACCUUCAGACCACCUCUACAUGACCCAAGGAGGCAGGUGUUUAACUGGACUCACUGGAGUGUGGGGACGGCGGCUAGAAUAAUAGCAGUGGCAGCAAUGUUCCUAGGAAUGGAUUUACCGGGCCUGAAUCUCCCCAGUCCACAGAAGACCUAUGCCAUGAUGGGGUUUGUGGUCUGGCACAUCGGGACCGAGGUGCUUCUGGAGAUACAUGCUUAUCGGCUCUCUCGAAAAGUGGAAAUACUGGACGAUGAUAGAAUUCAGAUCCUCCAGUCACUAACUGUCGCGGAAGCAGAGGGUCAUGUUUUUAAGAAGGCAGUGUUGGCGAUUUACAUAUGUGGGAACGUGACUUUCCUCAUGGUAUUCUUAUCUGCAAUCAACCAAGUAUGAGCAAGUGAAGAUUGUUUUUUUCUUGUUUGUUUGUUUUUUUUUUUGAUGGGCCUGGGUCAUAAUUAUCAAAACAAGGAGACCCGGGCUCACGUUGACUACCUGGAAUAUGUUUUAAUUUGGAAGACCCAUGGGCACUGUGAGAGAAGAUUUCUGAAGUCUGGUCUAUGCAGAUUCUACCCAGCUAGGCCGUGCAGCCUGUGCAUUGAUGUCAGUCAAGUCUUGUGUGUUCUUCUGCAUCUUAAAAGGAACACUGUACUCAAGGUGACAUGACUGUCAGCGUCACACACCAGAUUUGAAAUAGUAAACAAGAAUGAUUAGCAAAUGAAGAUAAUUAUCUCGGGCAAAGGAUCAAUGGGGAUUGUGUCUUUGGGAAUGAGACAGGUUUUGUGUAGCCCAGGCUGGCUUCCAAUUGGCUGUGUAUCCAAGAGUAACCCUGAACCUAUCUUCCUGCCUCGGCUUCCGGGUGUGGGAUUACAGGCGUGUGCCACUAUAUCUGGUCUUAAGGGGACUGUAACUUUCAUGGCAGAAUUACUGUGGGUACUGAAAAGAAAGCAUGGUGUUGACUAGUUUGUUCAGAGAUCUUAGAUGUUUAAAAAUUGUUGCUACGUUUUGUUGUUUUUAUGAGCACACACACACACACCAAACAAAGUAAACCUACAAGAACAAAACACGUUUCCAGUCCAAGGUCAGGGACAUUUUCUUUGCUGUGUGUGUCCAUCCCUCCUGGUUAAAGGCGGAGGUGUGGUUGAUUUAUAUCUCAGUGUACAUUUCACUAGCUUUUCAUUAUAUUAUGAAUAUGAAAUUUUCUUUGUUAGCAGUGAGAUACAAGUAGGCAUCUUCUGCUUAGAGAUAUACCAUUUCUUUUUUCAUCCGUGGAGCUGAAACGGCAUUUUGUUUGGUUUCAGCUCUAAGAUUAGUCCUUCUGGGAGAGAGAGAUCAAAGUCAUGGAUUUCACAUUUGCGAAAACUCAGCCUUGUGAGAGUGUCCGGCAGGUGUUCUCAUCUCUGGUGAAGAUGAAAUAAUAAGGAUGGGUUCCUUCCGAACCUCCCUGGUGCUCUAGGAAUUCAGCACUGGCAGAGCUGUUUUCCUUUCUCCUCAUUUCUCUCAGUGUUUGCUAUGAGGCCUUAUAGCCAGUGGGUGGCGCUGUGACACCAGAGGACUCAUUUGUUCAGACCACUUUAAUCUCUUUGUUUUUUUUCCUUUUUUUUUUUUUUUAAUAUGGGGCUAUUUUCUUACACGCUACGGCUCUUAACUUUUUUUUUCUUUUCUUUUUGGGUUGGGGAAAUAGAUGUGAGAAACUUAAAUUAGUGCCUGGUGUUAUUACAUUCUGACUUAAUUUUUUAAAUUAUUUUUAGUGACUGAUAUUUUCUUUCAUAUUCCUCCAAUCCUGUAGCAAAUGAAGAUAAUUUCCUUGGGCAAGGGAAACAAGCAAAAUUGGACACUUAAAAAAUAAAAUAAUUGGGAAGGUAUAUUUUAUUUCUUUGGACAUUCUUUCUGAUUAUUAUAAAAUUUCUGCUUGGCCCCAGAACGCUAUUUUUAUCUCUGAGUAAUGAAUGGCCUCAGCAUCAUAUUUUUUAUUUCUAACAAAUAAAGUGAAUUUUUUCUUUUCAUUUUUCCUUUACAUAGAUCUUAGUUAAAAAAUAGCUUAGGGUUCAGGCCAGAAUUUUCUGUGUUCAUGUUCAGUGAGUUCUGUGCUACAGUUUAUACUAUCUCCUGAGAAUGUUUUUAUUUCAAGAGAAAAAGGGCUGGAGAGGUAGUUCAGUUGUGCGAUGCUUGAGCAGUGUGUAUGAGUCUUGGGUCCGCCCUAGCACCGGAGGAGCAGACAUUCUGAGUAACAAUUUAAAUCUGUAUGAAGACAUUUUCUUCCCGUUUUCCAUUAUAAGCUGCUGAAGGCCGAAACAGCUCUCUUAAUAAGUCAUAUUCAAUAUCUGACAAGAAAAAAUUCUUCUUGGGACAGGUGAAAUUUGCUUAGGUUAUUUUUUCAGAGAGGUGAGCUUUUUGCAUUUCUAGUGCUGAGGCCAAUGUAAUAUAGCCUCUUAAAAGAAAUAUUUUUAUUAAUUCAUUAUUUAAAAAUUUUGCAUAAUGUGUUUGGGUCAUAUUCACCUUACUCCUUCCAGAUCUACCACUAUUUUCCUACCUCCAGACUGUGUGUGUGUGUCUAUAUAUAUAUAUAAUUCAACUCUAAUUGUGCUGUCUAUAUUACUCCUGGAUCUGAGGCCACCCACUGGAGAACAAGGUUUAUCAUAAGCCACACCCUUAAAGAAACUGGCUCCCUCCCACCAUAGGUCCUCAGGGAUGGGGCACGUGGACCUCUUCCCACUUGUGCUAGAGUGCGGAUUGGCUUGAUCUUGUAUGGGUGCUGUGCAGACAAACGUGAGUUCACGAGCGGAUUGGUGCUGCCAACUCCUGAAGACACUGUUUGUACCCUGCUCCUUCUUCUUGUGCGAAGGAGAUCUGUUCCUCUGUAGACAUCUGUGCCACUUAAUCCCAGCAUGCCUGUUGUUUCCUUUAGGGACACAUUCCAACUCUUUGGCUUCCUGUGCUCUGUCUCCACAAACUACAAAUGCUACUUCUUGCCCCUCAAUUUUUCUUCUUGUGUCUGUAAUAAACAAUAUGGGUAGUUAAAUGUAUAUAUAUAUAUAUAUCUUU